AUGGCCAUCUUCAAGAGGAACUCCGGUUCCUCUGACGGCGCUAGCCCUCAUGCUAGUGACCCAGAGUAUGGCAACAAGGAGCACUACACAACUGGUACCGCCGGUGAAAUGGUCGUCGGCUCCGAUGGUGUCGUUAUUCACCAAGACGGCAGCCAUCUCCACCGUGGUCUCAAGUCGCGUCACAUCACUAUGAUUGCCAUCGGCGGCGCUAUCGGCACUGGUUUGAUUAUUGGUACCGGAAAGGCUCUCGCUCAGUCAGGUCCUGGUUCAAUCCUCAUCGCUUACACUGCUGUUGGUUUCCUCGUCUACAUCGUCAUGACCGCCCUUGGUGAGAUGGCCGCUUGGAUCCCUCACGCUUCUGGUUUCUCUGGUUACGCUACCCGGUUCUGCGACCCUGCGCUUGGUUUCGCUCUUGGAUGGACUUACUGGUGCAAAUAUAUCAUCACCACGCCAAACCAGCUUACUGCCAGCGCCUUGAUCAUUCAAGAAUGGAAAACAGCAGACGAAGUCAAUCCCGGUGUGUGGAUCGCAGUCUUCCUGUUUGCAAUCUGCGCUAUCAAUUACUUUGGUAUCAAGUUCUUCGGUGAGCUCGAGUUCUGGCUCAGUACGAUCAAGGUCAUUGUCAUCGUCGGUGUUAUUCUCCUGUCUUUUCUCCUUGCAGUCGGAGCCGGCCCUGGCCCAGCAACUGGUUUCCAGUACUACAAGAACCCCGGUGCAUUUAAACCUUACAUCGGCAAAGGUAGCGCAGGCAAAUUUUACGGUUUCUGGUCGUCUUUGAUCAACGCGGUGUUUGCUUACCUCGGAACCGAGCUCAUCGGUGUUACCGUUGGUGAGGCUCAGAACCCCCGCAAGACAAUUCCCCGCGCCAUCAAGCUCACUUUCUACCGAAUCCUGUUCUUCUACUGCUUGUCCGUCUUCUUCCUGGGAAUGCUGGUCCCUUACGACUCCAAGGAUCUUGCUUUCGCCAACAAGGCCACAGCCAGGGCUUCCGCGUCGCCUUUUGUCGUCGCCAUCAAGAUCGCAGGCAUCAAGGACCUUCCUGGCCUACUUAACGCUUGUAUCUUGAUCUUUACCUUCAGUGCCUCCAACUCGGAUUUGUACAUUGCCUCGCGUACCCUCUACGGUCUUGCCGAGCAGGGCCACGCCCCCAAGAUCUUUGGCUGGACCGACAAGCGCGGUGUACCUGUCCCCGCUCUGGCCAUCUCCGCCCUGAUGUGCUGCAUGGCUUUCAUGAACGCCUCCAACGACUCCAAGGUCGUCUUCGGAUACUUUGUCAACCUGACAACCAUCUUCGGUCUCCUGUCCUGGAUCUCGCUCCUCGUCUCGCACAUCUUCUUCGUCCGCGCACGCCGCGCCCAGGGCAUCACCAAGGACCAGAUGGCCUACACCGCACCCUUUGGUCUCUGGGGCUCCAUCAUCGCCCUGUUCUUCUGCUGCCUCAUCGCCGUGACCAAGAACUUCAGUGUCUUCACUCCCGGCUCGUACGGAAGCUUCGACUGGAGAAACUUCAUCACCGGCUACCUCGGUAUCCCCAUCUACCUCAUCCUCAUCUUCGGCUACAAGUUCAUCAUGAAGACCAAGAUGGUCAAACCCCACAUGGCCGACUUCUACACGGGCAAGGACGUCAUCGACCGCGAGGAGGAGGCUUUCAUCGCAUACGAGGCUGAGAAGAAGGCCGCUAAUGGCGGCAAGAACGGCAGCUGGUUCUACAACACGUUCGUCUCGUGGUUGUUCUAG